AUGCCUGUUCUAAUCACCUCGAAUACCCUGCAACGCACCAUCUCUCGCACCAUCAAUGAAUGGACGGACACUUAUGGAAUGAGUCCAAUUCAGCCGAGCAGCAUUCGUUUCUAUGAUCAGACACCACCGUCGCUGAAGCCUCUCGCAGAUGGCCCACAUCGCUGGUUGUUUGAGGCAAAACAAUCUGUCGGCUAUGACGGACGUGCGGGCUUGAAUAUCAGAAGCAUCGUCAAGUUGCUACAAUCACACAGGGCAUACAAUAGACAACCACUUCUGAUUCCAGAGGAUUGGAAGAACGCCGACUCCAACACCGACGUUGACUCUGUUAUCACCAUCUUGCAGAAUUCGGUGUGCCACUACAUCGACCAUUUGCACACCAUAUGGCCCAGCACAGCUCCUGUAGAAUUCUACAAGCCAAGGUCAUACUUCUCGACCGUACCCUAUCCAUUCCCAAACGUCACUUUGCAUGAAUUGCGAGACCCACAGGACGUUCAAUACAGCGUCGAGUGGACGAUCCUCAAAAUUUUGUCGAAAGCGCAUAUGGGAGUGGUACAAUACAGCACCCUUGGUGUAACAACCUUCUAUGACGCGCUUCUUCCCGCCAUCUGCUAUCAAAUUCGAGGAUGUGAAGUCCUCAGGUCGACUCCCAUUACAUUUCCGCCAUACUCUGCCGAAUAUGGAUCUUCGACGUGCUUGGAUUUUGUAUGUCGACCGUCCAGCGACAAUCUCCCGAAUGGUUUGCCUAGUGGAUUUAUACCGGUUCUAUUUGCCGCCCAUCAUCUAGACGCUCUACAUACCUUCACAGAAGACGAAUUGUCAUGGAGUAGACCAGGGCCACCAGAGAAGAUGCCGGACCGAUCGCAAGAGCUCGUGAAGCUUGCCCAAGUCUUUCAGCCUUCGUUGCAGCUUCUUGUCAUGUACUUGACGAAGAAAUAUCGUGUUGGCGACCAACAGUGGAAGCCGGAGUGGAAUCCGAUCAUUGCUCAAGAAGAAUGUUUUUAUCUCAGGCCGCAAAUACCAGAGAAUUUUUUCUUCUACGGAAUGAAUUAUUCCCAAGUCGAAUGCAUCAUCUACGCGUUCUUCCCGCGCUAUGAGGUGACGUCUUCCGGGCGUGUUGAAUGGGGAUUCUGCUGUUACGAAGCAUACACCCCUUGGCCCACUGGUGGCGGUAACUUGACGCAUCGCAUCCAUUUCAUUAACACAAUUCUUAGGAUUCAACGCCACACUGCCGAGCUUGCUGAGCUCUUUAGAGAGAUUUCUUUGUCUUUGGGCACUAAUGAUAUAUGUAGAAGUUGA